GUUUACUUGCGACGAAAGCAAGGACCCGGUGACCUACCCCCAAGCUCAGUUUCUCGUCCUCUUCGCCUCGUUGUGAGAUUCUCACGACCUCUUGUCCCCAAAUCCCACUUCCGUUCCCCCAUCUCUCUCUCUCGCUGAUCUGUUGUCCUUUCUUGUCUCUUCUGAAUUUCGCGAAAUCUUAAGGGAUUUCAAGGAGGAAAGAUGACUGCCGAUGUGGAGAUGAAAGAGGUCCAGGCGUUUUCCAAUUCCGUCUCCUCCGCCGGCGUUCCUUCCACUCUUCAACAUGUGAAGGAGAUCGCGUCCCUGAUCGAGUCUGGUGCGCAGGCCAAGGAAGUGCGCCGGAUCGUGCGUGCGGUGCGCCUCACUAUGAUGCUCCGUCGGAAGCUCAGGGCCCCCCUGGUAGCCGCGUUCCUUGGCUACGUUCUUACCCCGGCCUCGGAGGUCUUUGCUAAGCUCUCGUCCUAUCUUCCCAAGGAUGAUGACCAUGACAUGGAUGUGGAUACAGCAGCAUCAGCAGUCCAAGGUCCAGCCAAGCACUCUAUACCGGAACUUGAAAUUUACUGUUACUUGCUUGUUCUCAUAUUUCUUAUUGACCAAAAGAGAUACAAUGAGGCUAAAGCAUGUUCUUCUGCUAGUAUUGCUCGUUUAAGGAACAUGAACCGAAGAACUGUGGAUGUUAUAGCUGCUCGCCUGUAUUUCUACUACUCAUUCACUUAUGAACUCACAAAUAGUCUAGCUGAAAUUCGUGGGACCCUUCUUGCUUUGCAUAGGAUGGCAACUUUAAGGCAUGAUGAGUUGGGUCAGGAAACCCUUCUGAAUCUUCUACUUCGCAAUUAUCUUCACUACAACUUGUAUGACCAGGCUGAGAAGCUGAGGUCAAAAGCACCACGUUUUGAGGCACACUCAAAUCAACAGUUCUGUCGUUAUCUACUCUACCUUGGAAAAAUUAGAACCAUUCAGUUGGAAUAUACGGAUGCCAAAGAGAGCCUCCUGCAAGCUGCUCGGAAAGCACCAGUUGCUGCACGUGGGUUUCGGAUCCAGUGCAACAAGUGGGCUGUCAUUGUCCGUCUACUUCUUGGAGAGAUCCCCGAAAGAACUGUUUUCAUGCAGAAAGGCAUGAAGAAAGCUUUGACACCAUAUUUUGAGCUUACUAAUGCUGUGCGGAUUGGAGAUUUGGAGCUAUUUAGAACUGUUGCAGAUAAAUAUUCAGGAACUUUCAGUUCAGACAGGACCCGCAAUUUAAUUGUCAGACUACGCCACAAUGUGAUAAGGACUGGACUCCGCAAUAUUAGCAUUUCAUACUCUCGUAUUUCCCUUGCUGAUGUAGCUAGAAAACUGAGAUUGGACUCUGAGAAUCCUGUGGCUGAUGCAGAAAGCAUAGUGGCCAAAGCCAUCAGAGAUGGUGCAAUAGAUGCAACUAUUGAUCAUGCCAAUGGAUGGAUGGUCUCUAAGGAGACUGGGGAUGUCUACUCGACUAAUGAACCUCAGAUUGCAUUCAAUUCCAGGAUCGCCUUCUGCCUAAACAUGCACAAUGAGGCCGUGAGAGCACUGAGGUUCCCACCAAACUCCAAUAAGGAGAAAGAAAGUGAAGAGAAGAGACGGGAGAGGCAACAGCAAGAGCAAGAGCUUGCUAAGCAUAUAGCAGAGGAAGAUGACGACUUCUAAUCGAGUCCCAAGAAAAGCAUCAGAAUCCUUAAUGCGCUGGCGUGCUGAAACAUGCCACCUUGCUCCCUUCAGGUUCUUGCAGCUGUUUAACUUGUUUCUCUCUCCAAUGGAUCAGCAUCCAAAUUAAGGUUGUCGCAGACAUCUAUUUUGUAUUGAACGUUGAACUCUGUUGGUUAACACUGGUUUCUGGUCAUUUUCAUUAAGUCAUAAGGAUCCGACCAUACAAUUAUUGUUAGUGUGUUUCGUAUGUGAGUUUUAUAUGGGAUAUGCAGUCCCUCAUCAUGGUACAUUGUGAAUUAAUCUUCCUUGAUGAAAUUAGAUUAAAUUAAUUUUAUUUCAA